UCACACUGCAGCCGAGAGAGCUGCGCAGGUGGCGUGUUGUUUACUCGCGUUUGACUGUCGCUAAGUCGUUGGCUGUGAUUAGGUUUAUAUUGCCCAAAUCCCCACACUUACGCACACAUACACACACACACAUUAUGGCAAGCGGAUUACUGGCUGGCAAGGUGGCAUUCGUGACAGGCGCCGGCUCUGGCAUCGGCCGAGCCACCUGUCGCAUUCUGGCACGUGAUGGGGCCAAGGUCAUUGCGGCGGAUCGCAAUCUGCAGGCGGCGCAGGAGACGGCCCAGCAGCUGGGCGCGGAGCGUGCCGCCGCGCUCGAGGUGGACGUCUCGUCGGCGUCGAGCGUGCAGAGCGCCGUGGCCGCGGCGCUGGCCAAGUUCCAGCAGGCGCCCAGCAUAGUGGUCAACUCGGCGGGCAUAACGCGCGACGGGUACAUGCUGAAGAUGCCGGAGCACGACUACGACGAUGUCUACAGCGUCAAUUUGAAGGGCACGUUCCUGGUGACGCAACAGUUCGCCAAGGCGAUGAUCGAGCAGCGGCUGAGCGAGUGCAGCAUCGUCAAUCUGUCCAGCAUUGUGGCCCGGCUGAACAAUGUGGGCCAGGCCAACUAUGCGGCCACCAAGGCGGGCGUCAUCUCCUUCACGGAGGUGGCCUCCAAGGAGUUCGGCAAGUUCGGCAUACGCGUCAAUUGCAUUCUGCCCGGCUACAUAGACACGCCCAUGGUGGCCGUGGUGCCCGAGAAGAUCAAGCAGCAGGUGGUGCAGCGCUGUCCCCUGGGUCGUCUCGGGCAGCCCGAAGAGAUCGCCGAGGUGAUCGCCUUCCUCGCCUCCCAGAAGUCCGCCUACGUGAAUGGAGCUGCCAUCGAGGUGACCGGCGGCCUCAAGUGAAUCAACAAUAAG